AUGCAGAAGGAGGAAGCAAUUUUUGCUUCCAAAAACAGGCAAAAACGGAGUUUUAAAAACAAGAGAAGGAAGAGCCUCUUUCUACGCACACUUCUUCUCUUUACAAAAUAUUGGCAGAUGGGAAUUUCAAUUCUCCCUUCUUUUCUUCUCUCAGUUCUUCUCAUCUCCUUGUUUCAUAUUCCAGCACAUGCUGCCAAAAGUUCUUACAUUGUGUACUUAGGAGCAGGUCCUCAUGUUCUGGACCCUUUGUCCGCCGAUCUCGAUAGCGUGACAAAUUCUCAUUACAAUCUUCUUGGAACAGUUUUGGGAAGCAAUGAAAGGGCACAGGAAUCAAUAUUUUACUCAUAUACGAGAAAUAUCAAUGGCUUUGCUGCAAUUUUGGAUGAUGAGGAGGCUGCUCAGAUUGCAAAGGAUCCAAAUGUUGUGUCUGUUUUCCCAAACAGAGGAAGAACACUACACACAACUCGUUCAUGGGAUUUUCUUCAAUUGGAAGAAAACGGCGAAAUCCGGGCCGGCUCUAUUUGGAAGAAGGCACGGUUAGGUGCAAAUACAAUUAUCGGAAACCUUGAUACUGGUGUUUGGCCGGAAUCAAAGAGCUUUAGCGAUGAAGGGAUGGGACCAAUCCCAGUUAAAUGGCGUGGAAUCUGUCAGCUGGACACCAAAGAUGGUUCUCGUUGCAAUAGGAAGCUGAUCGGAGCAAGGUACUUCAGCAAAGGAUACGCCGCGUAUGCUUCCAUGGUUAACUCCACUGCAGCCAAGUCCAUCCAGCCCAACGCUCGUGACCAUUCCGGUCAUGGCUCACACACCCUUUCAACGGCAGGUGGUAAUUUUGUUCCUAGAGUAAGUGUUUUCGGUAAUGGCAAUGGCACUGCAAAGGGUGGAUCCCCAAAAGCUCGCGUGGCUGCGUAUAAAGUAUGCUGGCCUCCAAUCAAUGGCAACGAGUGCUUCGAUGCAGACAUCUUGGCCGCAUUUGAAGCUGCAAUUAAUGACGGUGUUGAUGUGCUCUCGGUGUCUCUAGGUGGUGCAGCUGCGGAGUUUUUAAGUGAUGGGAUUGCAAUAGGGUCUUUCCAUGCUGUUCAGAAGGGGAUUACCGUGGUGAGCUCAGCUGGGAAUUCAGGUCCUACUCCUGGGUCAGUGUCGAAUGUGUCACCGUGGAUGCUCACAGUUGGAGCUAGCACAAUUGAUCGCGAGUUCACCAGUUAUGUUACUCUUGGCAACAAGAAGCAUCUCAAGGGAGCAAGUCUUUCCUCUGCAGCUUUGCCAGCUAAAAAGUUCUACCCAUUGAUAAGUGCAUGCGAUGCUAAAGCUGCUAAUGCGUCUGGUUCUGAAGCCCAUCUCUGCAAACCUGGAACCCUCGAUAAAAAGAAGGCAAAGGGGAAAAUUUUGGUUUGCGUUCGAGGGCAAAAUCCAAGAGCCGAGAAGGGUCAACAAGCUAUUCUUGCAGGCGCUGUUGGUAUGAUUUUGGUUAAUGAUAAGCUAAGCGGGAAUGAAAUCAUAGCUGAUCCUCACUUGCUUCCGGCUUCACACGUUAAUUAUUCUGACGGAAAAUCUGUCUUUGCCUACAUGAAGUCCACCAAGAAUCCUAUGGCUUACAUUAAUCGUGUAAAGACGGAACAAGGAACAAAGCCAGCUCCAUUUAUGGCUUCAUUCUCUUCGAGGGGACCUAACGCCAUUGAGCAGUCAAUCCUUAAGCCUGAUAUCACAGCGCCAGGAGUGAGUAUAAUUGCUGCUUAUACUCAAGCAACCGGGCCAACUGGUCAGAAGUUCGAUAACCGGCGUGUAUCUUUCAAUACACAAUCCGGAACUUCCAUGUCGUGCCCUCAUGUAUCUGGAAUUGUCGGUCUUUUGAAAACCCUUCACCCGACAUGGAGCCCUGCAGCUAUUAAAUCUGCAAUCAUGACCACCGCAAGCAAACGAGAUAACAGCAAGGGCACAAUGCUGGACUCAUCCAAGGCCAGAGCAACACCGUUUGCUUAUGGUGCAGGACAUGUUCAACCAAACCGUGCGAUGGACCCUGGACUUGUUUAUGACCUAACUACCGAUGAUUACUUAAACUUCUUAUGCGCUCGUGGCUACAAUGCAACGCUGCUCAAAGUGUUUUCUAAAGAGCCACACAAAUGUUCCAAGGCAUAUAGUCUUUCUGAUUUUAACUAUCCUUCUAUAACAGUUCCCAAUCUCCGUGACACACCAGUGACCGUGACUAGAAGGGUUAAGAACGUCGGCUCUCCGGGCACAUAUGUAGUUCGUAUCAAGGAACCGGUGGGAGUUUCUGUUACAGUUAAGCCUAGUACCUUGCAAUUCAAGAGCAGUGGCGAAGAGAAGAAGUUCAACGUUGUUCUGAAGCCUAAGGUUCAAGGGCCUGAAGACUACGUAUUUGGAGAGUUAAAUUGGAUGGAUGGGAAGCACAAUGUCAGGAGUCCUAUUGUUGUCAUGCACUAUCAGAGAUGACAAAGUAGUUCAAUUCAUGUUCAUCAUUGUUUAGAGCCUUCAAGAUAUGUGAAUUUUAGGCUAGGAAGAUGUAUUUAUUCGUCUUUUCUUUCAUUCGGAAAAGAUUUACUUAUCGAAAACAUCAGUGCAAAAUAAGGGGAAUAAAGAAGUUGAAGUAUUCAGUUGGUUAUCA